AGACCCUCGAUUGUAACAGUACGCAUGCGCCAUGUCUCCUCUCGCCGACUAUUUCUCGGCAGUGUUUCUCUCUCAAGGCUCUCGGAUGAGUUUUCCGGAGGGAGGGGUGAUUCCUGGAUGUAAUGGCGGCCAGUAACCCGGAAACCGCGCAGAAGCAAACAGAAGAAAUUGAAGCCUUAUCUGCUAUAUAUGGCGAUGAAUGGUGUGCUGUUGAUGAAGAUGAAAAAAUAUUCUGCAUUCGGGUCAGUGAAUGCUUGGAAGAUCCAAAGUGGACUCUUUGUCUACAGGUGAUCCUGCCACCUGAAUAUCCAACAGCUGCCCCACCUAUUUAUCAACUUAAUGCUCCUUGGCUUCAAGGACAGGAGCAUGCAGAACUGGCAAAUACUCUUGAAGAAAUCUAUAUACAGAAUCUUGGUGAAAGUAUCCUUUAUUUAUGGGUGGAGAAGAUACGGGAAUUUCUAAUAGAAAAAUCACUGUCCUCUGAUUCAGGGCCAGAUGUCAAAAAAAGUACAGAAGAAAAUGAUGUGGAGUAUGAAGAAUCUUCAUUGGAUUAUCAGCCUUAUCAGGAAUGUACAGCUUUAACUCUGAAUUUUGAUCUGCCUGAAAGGCAAGAAGGUGAAGAGUUACCUCCAAUCUAUCAUGGAAACCCAAUUACAGAUAGAAGAAGCACUUUUCAGGCACAUUUAGCACCAGUAGUGUGCCCAAAACAGGUGAAAAAUGUUUUUGCUGAGUUGUACAAGAAUAAGAAAAUAGCCAAUGCUACUCACAAUAUCUAUGCAUACAGGAUAUAUUGUGAAGACAAGCAGACUUUCUUGCAGGAUUGUGAAGAUGAUGGUGAGACAGCUGCUGGUGGUCGUCUUCUCCAUCUCAUGCAGAUCUUGGAUGUCCAUAAUGUUUUAGUUGUGGUAUCCCACUGGUAUGGUGGUAUUUUGCUAGGACCAGAUCGUUUUAAACACAUCAACAAUUGUGCCAGGAAUAUACUUGUGGAGAAGAACUAUGCUAAUUCAGCGGAAAAUUUGUCAAAGCAGACAGGGAAGAACAAAAGGAUAAGAAAAGACAAGAAGAAAACAGAACAUUGAUUCAAUUUGGAAAAUUGCACAGCCACGUUCUGUCUUUUUCUCUCUGUGUAUGCAGCCACUGAAAGGAACUUUUGAAAUUGUAGAUGUUUUAUCUCAAAGACGUGGACACACUUUUCAGCAGCAAGAAAUGCUUCAGAUUAAGAAGAUUCAACAGCAAAAUCCUAUUCACUUUUUUCAGCUGCUGAGUUUGAAGUUUUAAACAAAUGAGUGUUCACAUAUAUUCGAUUAUUUAAUUUGUAUUUUAAAAUGAAUCAUUAAAUGAAGAAUGCUAUAGUUUCACUACAUUCUGGGAGUUUUUGAUAAUAAAUGACAGUAAGAUUCCAUUGCACCAAGGAAGAAUCUUUAAUACUCUUGAACUAAACCUUGAAAUUCUGGUCUUGACUCCCAUUUGGGUUUCUAGUUCUCUUAUCUGAUGCUGAUGUUAAGCAAUACACAGUUUUGCUCUAUUGAAGACAAUGGGAUCUAAAAGUGCUUAAUGCUGGUGAUGCAUGUUAAAAUUUAUUGUUUCCACAAGACACACAAAUAUGUCUUUUUGUGUUCUACUGAAUCUAAUUCAAAGACCACCCAGUUUGAUGCCAUUGCCAGCACAGGUAAAAUUCAGGGCUAGUAUUUCGGAUAUAAGAUUCCUAUUAUCAAGAGCUAAGACUGGAGUUAAUUUUUUUCAAAAUUCUUUACCUUUAUUAUGUAAGUUGGUUGAUUUUCUAAUUUUAAAACCUUUAUCUAUAUAUCUCUAUGUAAUAAAAGUCAAAGUUUGUAUGUUUGUGGGUGGUGGAUUUCCAAGACAGCUCCAACUUCCAGAGAGCUCUAUGACCCCUACCGAUUAACAAUCUGGACCAAACUUGGCACACCGACCCCCCCCCCCGAUGACCAACAGAAAAUACUGGAUUGUUGUUGUUUUUUUUGGGGGGGGGGUUGACCUCAGAAACUGGGACUUUUAGUUCACCCACAUCCAGAGAGCAUUCUGAACCCAACCAAUGAUUGGUCUGGAUCAAACUUGGCAUGCAUACCCAGCAUGCUCAACUUUAAAUACUGGUGGGGUUUGACCUUAGAGGUUGGGAAUUGUAGUUCACCCACAUCCAGAGAGUACUGAGAGCCCAAAUGACAAUAGAUCUGGACAACUUGGCAUACACACCCAACAUGUCCAACUUUGAAUACUGGUGGAGUUUGGCGGGAAUUGAUCUGAGUUUAAGAAGUUGUAAUUCACCUGCAUCCAGAGAGCACUGUGAACCCAGCCAACAAUGGAUCUGGACCAAAGUUGGCACACAUACCCCACAUGGCCAACUUUGAAAGCUGGUGGACUUUGAAGGGAAUUAACCUCAAAUUUAGGAAGUUGUAGUUCAGUUGCAAUCAAAGAACACUGAAUCCAAAUGACAGUGGAUCUGGACCAACCUUGGUACACAGACCGUACAUGACCAACUUUGAAUGCUGGUAUGGUUUGGAGGGAAAUGACUUUGAAUUUAGAGAGCUGUAGUUCACCUGCGUCCAGAGAGCACUGUGAACCAAACAGACAAUGGAUCUGGGCCAAACUUGGCACACUGACUCAGCAUGCCCAACUUUGAAUACUGGUGUAGUUGGAACAAUGACGGGUGAUGAUGGAAGUUCCAGUUUACCCAUAUUCUUAUGCAUUUUAAUAGGCUCAUUCUUAAAAUCCAAAAUCCAACUUUGAAUACUUUUUACGUUUAUCAUUUCAAAACACUUAAUCUGGGCAUCGCCGGGUACGUAAGCUAGUAACAUUAAUAAAAGCCAUCAGAUCCCUCCAAAAUAAUAUCUCUAACCCAUAAUAUCCUUUACUACUACUCUGGGUGUGCUUUUACUGUGAUCUCUAAGUAGAUCUUUACACAUUUUCUAUUUUGAAAGAGAUUUAGGUAUAAAUUCAUGAAAAGAAGGAUGGAAGCAAUGAGGUUUGUAUCGCUGAUUUUUCCUCGUGUCCAAAAUGGUAAAAUAUUGUUAGCUUGUGGGGGAUGAAAUGUUAGCAUUGUGUGGAUUUGCCAUAAAAUGCUGGUUAGCAAAUUGAAAAGAUUGCUUCAACAGCCUUUUCACUAUUACGGCAAUAGAUUUAAAUAUAUUUCAAAUUGAGAUGCAGCUGCAUGGCAUUUUAAUGCCUUUGAGAAGUCUUUGAAAAGUGAUUGCUUUUCUUCUCAUGGAAUCUGAACUUUCCAAACAGAUUCUGACAUUGCAUUGUCCAGAACACAUGAAAAUUGCCUGACACAGUGAUUUCAUGUGCACAUUUCAUUGUGGAUUGUGAAAUCGCUGAAAUUUAUCUGAAUUUAUUUGUUUUGUUAUUUCUGACUCAGUUCUGUCAAGCGUCAUAAGUGCCAUCGUAGUAAAUGAAUGGGUUUAGUGCUUUCUUAAUUUAUGGCUUUUAAAACCCAAAAUCAGAAAAAGGCACUCUUAAUAUCAAUUAACUGCAAGUGUAUAAAACUACCUCUGACAGCUUCAUUUAAAAAUGCAUUAACAUUUCUUUGAUUUUUUUCUUGAUUGAAGAGUUGAAUUCUCUCUCAGUAUUUUUUGUAUGACUCAAAAGAUUGCGAGCAAGAUCACCAUUUGGAAGACUAGAAUAGAUGUAAGAUGUGGAGGGGUUAGCACCUACUAUGAAAGGAGGCUUAUUAGCAAUAAGAAUGCUCUACACAACCAAGGAAAGCAUAAACUUAUGUAAUAGGUUCGGGAAAUAACAAAUGGAAACUAAAGCAUUUGAGUUAUUUUAGUUCUUUAUUAGAGGAUCACAGAUUUGCCUAGUAUCUUUUAUGAUUUCUCAGAGAAGUAUAAUAUGCUCUCUUGCUUUUUUAUGUCAUCAUAAUAUUCUGCAGAUAACACUAGCUACAGAUUUAUUUUUAUUAUGUUUACAUUCCCCCCCCCCCCAUUUGAGAUUGUACUUCUCUUUUUUGAAAUUAAUUUGUAAGUACUUGGGGACAGGUUGUGUGUAUACUGUAUACACUGUUGUAGUUCUCUAAAUUACUUCUUUUAAAUAUUUGCACUUUUUUACUGUGUUAGAAGCGACUUGAGAACAUACUGCAAGUCGCUUCUGGUGUGAAAUAAUUGGCCGUCUACAGAGACGUUGCCCAGGGGAAGCCUGGAUGGGAGGCUUCUCUCAUGCCCCCACAAGCCAGAGCUGACAGAUGGCAGCUUACCCCAUUUCGCAGAUUCAAACUGGCAACCUUCAGGUCAGAAACCCAACCUUCAGGUCAGCAGUUCAGCCGGCACAAGGGUUAAACCCAUUGUGCCACCGUGGCUCCUACUCUACUGAUAGUAAGCAGCAAGUGUGUCAUAAAAAUACUAAAA